GGUUCCGGGUGCCCGAGUGGAUAAGGGACAGGGAGGCUAAGGGUUGGUGGCUCUUGUCUCUGCCCACCCGCUCUGUGGGUGUAGUGGUGCGUCUCCUCCUGGGAGUCUGCCGGGAUUCACAUCCUCCCUCCCGGGACCAGCAGCCUCUGCGCGCCAAGCUUCUUCUGGAAAGCUGACUUGGAUCUUCGGGUUCUCACUGGGCUUGCCCCUUUUCUAAAUUUACUUGGCACUAGCUGUAACAGUUCCUUUAGCAGCAAAGGAUGUUUGAACAUCACAGCUGAAGCUUCUCUUUUUUGGUUUCUAUUUGCAGAAGGUCCUAUUGGCCUUCAUAAUACCUAUGAAGCUUUGAGCAGAGGAGUACAUGGCCUACUCUUCAAAGGAUCGUCCUGACUGCUGGAAUUUGCUCCAAAAUGUGGAGCAAAAAUGGAAACUUCCAAGGUGUGGAUCUCCUUGUGCGUUGGAUUCCUGGGGCUGUGUUCCUCGCUAAUAGGCAGCUGCAUUCUCUUUCUGCACUGGAAGAAGAACUUGCAGAGAGAAGAACAUGCCCAGCAGUGGGUGGAAGUGAUGAGAGCUGCCAUGUUCGCCUACAGCCCACUGUUGUACUGGAUAAACAAGCGGUGUCACCAUGGCAUGAAUGCAGCCAUUAACACUGGCCCUCCCCCUGCUGUCAGCAAGACGGAGACCCAAGUUCAGAAUCCAGAUUCUUUAUGGGAGCUGAAUAUCUCUGAAGGCGGAAACUAUGUUGUGCGAGACAGCAGUCCCAGGGGUGAAGCCUCCGGUCCCUCAAAACAUGUUCUGGUGGUCCCCAAACAGCCCCUAUCUUCAACAAUGCCACAGCCUUGGACUGACUCCUCACCCCCAACUCCCAUUUUUCAGGAGGUGCCCUUUACCUUGUCCCUCUGCAACCUACCUCCCAUGCUGAACCACUCUGUCUCCUACCCUUUGGCCAACUGCCCUGAAAAGAAUGUUCAUUUCUCUUCCCUCCCCAAACUGGCCCAUGGAACAAACUGCUUUAAUGCCAAGCCCUUUGCUUCUGAAUUGUAGUCUCCUCUCAUUGAGGGAGGGAGCUGCAGGUACCAAGGCUCCUUUUGAUGGAAAACAGAGAUACCCUCAAGGAGUUGGUUAUUGACAAGGAGGUUAGAGCCAUCUGGAUAUUACAUCAUGAAAGAUUAAAAAAAAAAA